AUGCAUAAGUUCAAUAUUGGUGUUAGCUUGACUUCCUCUUACUCGACUGUCAAGAAAGAAGAGAAGGGGCAAGAAUUGCUCUCUUGUCGCAAUUCUCUUAUUCGCAACUUUCAUCUGCUGCAACAUUCAUUUCUAGAGGAAAUCCUGAUCUUCUUAUCGUUUGUGACUUCAAGUCAUUGCCAACAUUCAGCCCUCUCCCACAUGAGGUCUAGAAAAGAGCUUGACAUACGAGACAUGUCGGAGAAGGCAUAUGGGUCGAAGGACAACGAGAACUCACAGCUUUCUCUCUAUCCUGAGGCCAAACUCACACUUUAUGGAGUUAUAGCAUACAUUGAGCCUGCAGGGAGAGCCCUCUGGAAUUGCAAAAGCCUUUGCCUUUAUAGCAGCCUCAAUUCAAAGAAAAGUAGUACUAGUCACAACACUAGAACCAGGUUAGGUGAGCUUGAAUGCAUUGGUCGGGGAAAGCUGCUCUUAGAGCGUACUCCUUCCGAUCUAGGCGUAUGGUUGAAUCUAUCCUUCAAGUACCUUACACGUGACUUAGUAAGCCAAAAUAGGGCAACCCAACGCUCGCGACGUGCGGUGCGAGUUGCUUUGGAGAAGUCUCACCUUGGCGAUCUACUGAGAAGGUCGUAUCCAUGGUCUCGACUCGCUCAUACCCAGGCCACCUCUCUGAGGGGGACUUCCUUGCUAUGCCACCAUCCUAUUAGCUUAGCUGUUAAGAUGUACAUAGUCUUUAGGGUACGGUCAUUACGCAACAAUAUAUCUUCCCCAUUGGGCGUGGUAUACAAGAUAGCAUAUAGCAAAGGACUUAUCAAACCUGUUCCGAAUCCAGAAUCUAAAGCCAUAGGAACAAAGCUUGAGGAAUACUGUGACUUCCAUCAAGCCAAAGAAAGGGCACAAUAUUGUUGUGUCGAACUCUCAGAAGAGUGGUCCAGGAUAUUUAUUAUAGAUAAUGGAUCAAUAAUUCCACCAUCACCUAAGUCAAGUGUUACUGCGAAUCUACUUCCUAAGCACGAGGCUACCAUCAACUACCUCGAGGAUGAUGAUGAGAAGGACUAUACCUACCUAAUCAAUCCUGAAGAAAAGGAAGCUGAAAGGGUAGAGGGGACAGCCCUCGGGCAAAUUUAA